CCAUUUUAAGCUCUGAUGGAGAUAGUUUUUUGACCAGAUUACAGAAAUUGGAGUAUGGUGUGAUUAUGUUUGCAUCAUCAUUGCAAGAGCUGUCUCGUGGCAUUGGCUUGCGGAGUUGGGUGCAUAAAGGUUGCAAGCCACAAAAAGACGAGUUUGGAAUUGUCGGGAUACAAGUUGCUGGACAAAAGCUUCACCUAUACGUUCUUAUUCGGGAUGAAGAUGAGAUAGAUAAUUACGUUCGGUUGAUAUCCCGAUACAAUUCACAGAUAGAGAUAAUUGGUUUACAUGGAGAUAAAGAAGAUAGUUCAACAGCAUCAUCUCCUCCAUAUGACAAUUAG